GUGUCUUACCCAAGGACACAUCGGCUGUAGCGAUUGGGGCCCUAGGCAAAACAUUAAUUGGGGGUUCUUACAACCAGCAUCUCUUUCUUUUUCCACUCCCAUCACGAUAAUUCCUCUUCAUUUUCCUGCGGUAACUUUCAUUGACAAACUUUGGUUUUCACUGUAAUAAUGCAUUAGACAACUAUAGCAGGGGAUAGAGAGUAAGUUCUAUCAUAAGGGGUUCCCUUAGGGAGGUUUUCUACUGUCAUUGCAAAAUUUGCACAUUUUGAGGCACUGCUGUGAUUUAAGGUUUGUCAGCCCUUAGGGGCCCACUACUCGCCUGGGGCCCCGAGAAGUUGCCUGCCUUUGACCUCUAAAAGUCAAAUAAGAAUUUAUAAGAUCUUAAAUAAUAAUAAAAAUAAAAAAUAAAACGUAUUUCAGUCGGGACCACUUUGUCUAGAAAAAAAAACUUUAUUUGAAAAAAGGCGUCGAUGACAACAGCAUGUUGAAAAUCCAGAAGAGCUUUGGUGGAGGAGGGUUGCAAAUGUGGCCUGCAGGGGGAGCUGAAAAGAGCAGGCAGGCUAUGGAGCAGCUUUAAUGAGAGCCAACAGGAUGCUUUGAAGCAAAUCAGCUGGUUAGGGCUUACAUGAGAUCAGCUGUUAUCAAAAACACAGAGCGACUCCGUGGUCAGCCUGAACUAACGCUAACGAUGUAUGAACGCUGUGAUUUCAUGGUAACAGUUUGUAUUUGUGUUCAGGUCCUGGACAUCUGCAGGGACGCCUUUGAUGGACUGGACUACAUGCCUGUCACCUUCCACCGCUGGCUGCAUGAGGCUGGACGCCUCGUCUUCAUCGCCAGGUUGAAGGGCAGAGUAGUGGCUAUGGAGUCUGUGCUGAUGGUAGACGGUGGUGAGACGGUUGUUUUUCAGGGUCUAAGGGUGGCCCCUGAUCUGAGGAGCAGAGGCAUCGCCGGCGCCAUCCAGGGGCACAUCACUGAUCACCUCCGCCAUCUUUACCCACAAGUCUCUGCUUUCCGCAUGAGCCGAGGAGACCAACUGUCGCCGCAAUUAAUGGCCAAGUACCGCCUCAUCGCUAAAGAGGCCAUCCUGUCUCUGUGCUGCGAGGCAGAGGACCUCGGCCUCUUUGUCGCUGAGCUGCGCUCCAGACUCUCCUCGCAAUGUGACUCCGCCCCCCGCAGGCCAGUGACCCUGAACCAGCAGCAGACAGAGACUCUGAUCCUGACUGACCAUGUGGUGUCCAACCUGCUGCCCAGUAAAACCAUCAUUAAUAACUGGGAGCCUCUGAGGCCGAUGGAGGCCAACAUGGAGAUUCUGCGUCGCAGGGGGCUGACGUGCAUUGUAGACCGUGAGUUUGAACCCACCGCUAUCAGCCUGUGCACCACGCCGUACGCUGUCCCCUACCGCCAUGACGCCCUGUACGUCAAUAUCAACAUCUUUGGCCGCAGUUUGGCUUCUGUUUGUGCCGUGUUUCUGGCUCAACUUGAAGCUUUGCUGCCCAGUCUCCAUGGUUACCUGAUCUUCUACACCUACGUGGACCCUGACGUUUGGCCGGGGCUGCACCAGACCUGCAGGAACAAGAGCAACGUGUCGUACUUCAGCGACUACUGUGAGGAACUCGUACUGGAGAAGAUCCUCUGAGCAGUCUCAUCCCGGACUUCACAUUAACAACGACAACACAACAAAUGUGGUUGAAUUUCAGCUGUGGCGUGUAACACAGUCCCUCCCAUUAGACACGUUGGAGGGUUGAAUAUUAUGUUUUUUCUAUUGUAGCAUCCUAUAGCUGGGAUUAAAUGGUGUACAGUCUGUGUGUGUGUGUGUGUGUGUGUGUGUGUG